AUGUUGGCAAAAGAUUUUUAUGGGAUCGCCCAUUAUGGUUAUACGCAUAAUACAGUUAACCACAGCGAAGAUUUUGUUGAUCCACUUACACAAGCGCACACUCAAUGGAUCGAAAGUUUAUGGAGACCAUUACGCUUAAAAGUAGUUAAAAAUAUGUGUGGUACAUUUCCUGAUCUCCUUCCAAAAUAUCUCACGGAAACAUGGUACCGAGGAAUAAAUAAAUCGGAUUUAUUUAAUGUAUUUUUGAGAGACAUAGCGGAAGUUUUUGUAUAA